UAGAGAGGAACACGUGCAUUUGGCUCCCCUACUUAGCGACGUGAAAACGGGUCACUCGUGUCUUGGCAGCAAAAGACAACACCCUGUGUGUCCAAAAAAAAAAAAAAACCCCAAAUAACAAAAAAAAACAACCACCAGUGUGUAUGAAAGCAAAACAAAGCCAAAAAAAAAGAGAAGGAGGAACAUGCACGCCUUGGUGAACGCCUUCAUGCGCUGCCUCUCCUUCCUCCUGCCUCCCUCUUGGCUUUGUGUCAGCUUUUGCUUGUGGGCUGGGAAUGAACGCGAGGAGACGCUGCCGCCGCGGCCCAAUCCCAGAGCUCGUUUCAAACGCAGACAGCCUCUUACAUAUGAGGAAGUGGCAGCAUCGCUAGCAGCGGUAGAAGCCCAAGGAGGCUCCAGCCCGUCGGUCUCGCCACCAGCUCCUCCAGGCUGCGUCUCGCCGGCUGCUACGAGCCCCGCUGCUCCUCAGGGCCCUCCGUCGGGUCGGAUCUGGAUCGGGGGCCUCUGGCUAGCUGUGGAGCGCCUCCUCGGAGCCCCCUGGGUCCUGCUCCGCCAUCACUGGUGCCCGGAGAAGAAGCGUCGAUUGGCUUUACGCGCCCAGUAUCCUGUCUGCGGCUCCGCGUCGAGCACGACUCCAGGCUGCCGGGGAGGAGGCGCUGCUGCCGGGGGAGGCACCUCCACUCUUUGGGGGACCAUGAGCAGGUCCGCGGGGAGCCCCGACACCAGCCCGGCGGAGUGCGUCCUGGAUGCGUCUGCGGAGCGAGGCAUCGAUGAGGUAAUCACCGUGGAUCAGCACACGCAGGAGAUGGGGACGGUGACGAUCACGGUGGCCAUUCAGGCGGCGGAGGACGAGGAGCCCGAGGAGGUGUCCGCCAAUCAUUUUGACUUCCUUGGAGGCAGCUGCAGCGAGGAUGAGAUCGGGAGACAUGACAAAUCCAGUGGCGCCGGCACCAGUGGAGGGGAGCUGGAGGAGGAGAGCUGGCAGCCCCCGGACCCGGAGCUCACCCAGAAGCUGGUCGCUCAGAUCGAGUACUACCUGUCCGACGAGAACCUGGAGCACGACGCCUUCCUGCUCAAGCAUGUCCGACGCAACAAGCUGGGCUUCGUCAGCGUCAAGUUGCUCACUUCGUUCAAAAAGGUGAAACACUUGACUCGUGACUGGAGGACGACUGCCUAUGCCCUGAGGCACUCCGGUGUGCUGGAGCUGAACGAGGAGGGCCGCAAGGUGCGGCGCAGGUCCGCAGUGCCGGUCUUUGCCAGCGAGUCGUUGCCCAGCCGCAUGCUGCUGCUGAGUGAUCUGCAGAGGUGGCCCGAGCUGGCAGCCCUCACCGUGGAUAACGAGGGAGGAGGAGGAGGAGGAGGAGGAGGAGCAACCCAGCAGGAGCAGCUGAUGAAGCUCCUGCUGAAGGAGUUCGGAGCCUAUGGCGCCAUCGCCUCCGUCCGGGUGCUGAAGCCCGGGAAGGACCUGCCCGCCGACCUGAAGAGGCUGAGCGGCCGCUACACGCAGCUCGGCACGGAGGAGUGCGCCAUGGUGGAGUUCGAGGAGGUGGAGGCCGCCGUCAAAGCCAACGAGGCCGCCGGGGGGAGCGAGGACGGAGGCGCCGGCUCGCUGGGCUUGAAGCUGGUCCUGAUCGGCACCAAGCCUCCCAAGAAGAAGGUGCCCAAGGACCGGCCGCGGGAGGAGGGAGGGAUGCGUAAGAGCCGCUCGCUCAACAGCAGGGUGCGAGAGCUGCAGUACCACGGGGACGACUCGGCCUGCAGCUCCUCGGAGACCGAGAGCAACCCCACGUCCCCGAGGCUGGCCCGGAAGUCCCAGUCCUGCAACAAGCUCAGCCCCACCACCGCGGGCCUCAACUUCCAGAACAAUCACCUGAGCCCCGGCAUAUCCCCGCGAAACAGCCCCUGGUCGAGCCCCCGGGCCAGCCCCUGUCCCCAGCGCAAAUCCCCGCACUCCCACAAGUCCCCUCUGGUCAGCGAGGGCAGGUUGAGCCCGGAGCCAGGCCGCCGCUGGGCUGACUACUCCUCGGACAGCAGCCUCACCCCGUCGGGGAGCCCGUGGGUCCAGCGACGCAAGCAGGUGGCGUCGCAGGAGAGCAGCCCGGUGGGGAGCCCCAUGAUGGGCCGGAAGAUCCAGAACGCCGACGGUCUUCCGCCGGGGGUGACCAGGCUGCCCAGGGGUCCCGACGGUACCCGCGGCUUCCACUGCGUGUCUGUGGCGGAGAGGGGGAAGACUGCAGCUACUCAGACUUGAUAUGUGGAGCACCAUUACGCAUUCUUCCCAUAGCCUCAAAUAAAUGAAAAAAAAAAAGAUCUAUUUGAGCUGUUCUUGGCCGUGGCUCUCAGUCCCCACCCCGCAUUUGAGACUGUGUAGAUACAUUUUUGUUGAGCGGUUUUUUUUUUUUUUUUUGUUGUUAUAUUUUUAUACGACAUUUUGAUUUACCAUGGUAACAUAAGUGAUUUACUAAUGGCAAUUUGAGUGAAUGUGAAUUGACAUUGCUUUGAAAUGGACCAGGUAAACUCCCAUUGCCGUCUAAACUUGUUCUACAUGGGGUGGAGUUGGAGAGGGAAUUCCACUUUUUUUUUUUUUUUUUUUUUUUUUUU